AGUGGUAGUUCGUCUUUCGCUACGAGUACUUUAUCUUUUUCGUUCGUUUGUGAUAUCCUUGUCCUUUUUUCUAUCUCUAGUAGCCAUUCACAACAUUACAUUCUUAUCAGACCUACGAACGUUUUUAUCUACGAGAAAAAUGCCUUACCGUUAUAAAUUGCGACUGAUUAGCAAAGCUUGCCUAGUCUUCAGAAACUUACGUACUGAGAAAAGCAAUACUCAUUUUGCUGCUAGCAGAAAUUUCUCUACCAGCGGCACAGUCGACAUGAGGUUCGUACAAUUUACCGGCAAGGAUGGUGGACCCCAGCAUCUGGGAGUACAACUUGCCCAAGGAGGUGACAUAAUCGCCGUUUCUGCCAUAGACUCGCGAAUUCCUAACACAAUGAAGAAAUUCCUCGAAGGUGGCGACGACCUGUUGAAGAAAGCGAAAAGAAUAGUGGCAGAAGGACGUAGCGUGAUACCGGAAGCAGAUGUGACUUUCUUGGCGCCGGUUACAAAGAUGGAUAAAUUGGCGUGCGUUGGCCUUAACUACAGUGGCCACUGCAAAGAACAAGGAGUAUCGCCUCCAGAAAGUCCCGUAAUCUUUAGCAAAUUCCCCAGCAACAUCAUUGGACCGCGCGACAACAUCAUGCUUCCAUCCAUCUCGGACAAAGUCGACUGGGAGGCCGAGCUCGCGAUAGUAAUCGGCAAGAAGUGUAAGGCACUGGACAAAAAUGAGGUAGAAGACUGCAUUUUUGGUUACACAGUAGCACAGGACAUCACAGCGCGAGAUUGGCAAAAGUCGAAAAGAAACGGUGGUCAGUUUCUACUCGGCAAAGCUAUGGACACAUUCUGUCCACUGGGGCCAGCUGUUGUCACGAAAGAAGCCAUUUGUGACAUCAACAAUCUUCCAGUGAGAACGUGGGUGAAUGGUAAUCUUAAGCAAGAUGGAAACACUUCCGAGCUGAUAUUUAAGCCAUACGAUAUCGUCGCAUAUAUUUCACACGUGGAGACGUUUUAGAAACGGAAAUAGAGGGUCUAGGUCGCAUGAGGAACAAAGUUCUCUGAUCUGGCGAGUGGAGCAUGCUCCAUAUAGAAAACGUACGAACAGAAAUGUAAUUCCGGAGAAAAAGCGAACGUACGUUACAAAAAUGGAACCGACAUCAAAGCGCCACGAUCAAAUCACCAUCCAUUUUAAACUGAUACAACGCACGAUGACAAGGAAAAGAUAUGAUAUAAAACACAUGAAAAAAAAUGCAACAUUUUCAAUUUAACAAAUGAUAAUAAUUAAGAUAACAAAAGAAGAGUUCGGAAUAUCAAACACUUCUUUUUGUUUUAAAGAAUUGGAGCCUAAGUAUAUGCAUUCACGAUAUGUUGCACUUAUCAUCAUGCACCUAUAUUGCGUAUUUAUACGAUUAAAGCAAGACCAUUUUUAAAAAUACAAAUUUCUCUGAGUGUCUUUUUUUUACGAAUCGAUUGUUUUUUAUCAACCUUUACAAAUUUCUAUUAAAAUAUUUUUUGAUGAAUUCGUCAGUGUGAUUCCCUUGAAAUUUUUUAUUACUAUCUUACAUGAUGUUAACACUAAAAACCUAUUUCCCGUAUCCUGAUUAAAAAAUUGCAGAAGAGACUUGGCAUCUCAUAAGAUUUUGUGUCCUGCAUUUUAAAAUAUUUAAUCUUUAAAAUAAUGUUAAGUAAAUACUUCUAUUUUCAAAAAAUUAUAAAUUAAUAUUUUUUUGCAAUAUUUUCUAAAUAAAAUAUUUUCGAAGAUUUAAAAAAGUAUUAUUUUCUUAUGUGAAGUUUAUUUUAUGAUUCAUUCACACAUAGGUUUUAUGUAUAAUUUAUUUGGAAAAUAAUGCAAACAGAAAUAGCAUACAUGUACUUAUGUGUUUUAUUUUAUUUCGUAAUUUUUAAAUAAAAUUUACAUUUCAUUCA